GUACUAUGAUCCGCUCGCGACGAAACGCCGGAACAUCAGCAUGUACUUUGCAGCACUCCUGGACGACGAGGACUUUUAUGUCGAGUGGGAAGAUGAAGCCGUAUUGCUCGACACGAGCCAAGUUUCGGUGGACUUUCGUGAAUGCAACGAAAGCGAGAAGAUGGCCUUCUACGACAUCUGCGGUGGGCCGUGGAGCACCAGUCUGGCAAGGGUAACAAUGGACAAGUGGAUCCCACGCACUCUGAUUUCGGGCACUGUUCGAUCGACAAACAAGCAGAGCGUAUUCAGGAAUCGCGAUGUCACUAUUAUGACGAAUUUUGCAGAUGGACGUCUCCAGGCACUACAAGAUGUUGUUCGUGAGACUUGCAGUGUGCCCAUCUGCCGUGGCAACUUGGACGAGUGCAUGGAAGCUGCCUGCAAAUUGGAUUCCUGCAAGGAGUGGUGUCUUAAUGAGGCUCAUCGCUUUUGCACAGAAGAUGAGCAGAGACGAGGAGGACACUACCUGGGCACUGUCAUUCCUCGCGGGUUGAGCCCGAGAGACGGCCGCACUUGGUUCACUCGAAAGUGGUUUCGUGGCUGGAUCUACGUCGACAUUUUCCCGGAGUUCCGGCACCUUUUCACACGGGAGGUCGUUGUCGACAUCGCUGAAUUUUGUCCAUAUCGAAGCGGGCUCUUCAGCCUGGUGAGGCAUCAGAUGCUUGAUAGCCUUAGCAUGCCGGCGGGUUUCCAGAUUCUGGAAGCCCUGGUGAGAAACAAAAACAGAGAUGUGGAGCUGGACGCGGCGUUUGACCAGAAUCCGGUUUUGCAAGCCUUGUUUGACAAUUCCAAAGAGGACUUCAUCAAAAUGCUACCCCUGCCGGUGGUAGCAAUGUACAAGCCAAAGCUAAACGGCCUGCUGCUGCCUGUCUGUCUGGCGACGGAUCCGAAGUCAAGCCUCUUCAGCAUGGACCUUUUCACGUACUUCGUAGACAAGAUGAUAGUGGAAUCUCAGUCCACAGACAGAGAUGGCUAUAGGGCAGCGUCUAACACCUUGGAUGACCUCGUGACAUGCGUUCACAGGAAAGGUCGCUCGUUCAAGCCGUUUUCUUCAUCCCAGUGUCGUGGCUCUGCGUCUUUCCAUUUGCUGCCGGAUGGAACAAAGCCAUCACUGCUGAGCUUGGCACCGAACGAAGAGGUCUUCCAGAGUCUGGUGCACGUAUGCAAUGUGUCUGGCGUGCUAGAGCACGACAAGACCGUGUUGCACUUGGCCGCAGAGAAGCAGUAUGACUCCGCGAUGCAGCUUGUUUUCGCGCAAAAGAGGGAACGGCCCGAUGUCAAUGCUGGGUACUCCGCAACUCGGUCGGAGGGCAAUUUAAAGGUGCACGUAGACGCCAUCACGGCGCUCCACAACGCGUGCGAGGGAGGCUGCCCUGUUUGCGUUCAGCUGCUUCUGGACCACGGAGCGAACAAGGAGGCAGUCACCGACAUGAAGGCCUUCCCCGCUUGGUUCGACGCAUCCAUCCACCCAUGGAUGUAUGAAGCCCUGGCAGAUUUUCGUGAAAAAGGCCACAAGCAGUUCAGAUAUCCAGUUCUGGUGAAUGUGCGACCAAUCCACUUGGCGGCGAAACGUCAGUGCAAACAAUGUGUGGAGCAGCUCAUGCAGCAUCAGGUGGAUAUCAACCAAGCAGCACGUCUUGGCUACGAGCACAGUUAUUACCAGCGCAGCAGCAAGACCGGGAGUUACGAGCAGGUGAACAUGAUAGGAGCGGAUGCUUGCUUUUUGAAGCCUUUGGACCUUGCCUUAGCCUUCGGCACCCUGGAGAUGGUGAGUCUAUUCGUGGGAGCUGGCGCAGACAUGACUAGUAUCACGGUGGAUUCGAAAGCCAAGCUACUUAACAAUGCAGACUUUCUGAAGAGGCUGGACAUCGUCAAUGCCACCCAGAAGGCACUACAAAUAGGUCGGUGUCAGCACUGGAAACUAGCCGAUGCCAAGGGGGAGAAGAAGCUCUCUCCCGGUCUUCUGCUGCAUCUCUUCUAUGGAACUUUGCAUGAAGCCGCCGCGGUUAUCGAGAAGCCCUUGUCAGGCAUGCAAGAGGAGUUCUUGCAUGCAGUGAAGGAGGAACUGGUCCGAGUGGGACAUUGGUACAAGGACCAAGUGACGGCCCUUGAGGCAGAGGUGCGACGCCUUUCCGGCGAAGAUGGGCCUGGCGUCGGCGAUGCGGCCCUCACGAAUCUGGCGAACCAAGGUCCGGCCGACAUCGAGAAGCUUCACCUGAAGGCCGUUCGCUUGACCGAAUUCGUGCUUCUGAAUGUGGAAGCCUUGCGCAAGAUCGUGAAAAAGAUGGACAAGCAGUGUGGGACCAGCUGGCAGAAGGUCUUCGUGGAGAGAGACCUCAAAGACAGUCCGCUGGCCACCAACUCUGCGCAGCCUUUCAACGGGGAGCGUGCCAGGGCGUGCCGCCGGGCGCUGGAGGAGCUAGUAAGCCCAGAGAGGCUUCAGGAGAUGCGGAGCAGGGCCAUGGAGUCGGGUGGUGUUGGGCUUUCGACGAUGCCAUGGUCCUGGCGGCGGACGCUUGUGGCCGUCGCACUUGCAGGUGCCGCACUGAAGUGGUCAGCUUUUCGACUCCCCGACGAGCCCAAAUGCCAGCGGUGCUUGGGCCUGAUGAUUUUCACAAUGCUGAUGUGGGUCUUGGAAGCCGCCCCCUUCGAAGCGACGGCCAUGCUUGUGGCGCCUUUGGCCGUGUGGCUGGAUGUCAUGGAAGGCGAUCGCCACGAGCAGGCCAAGCUGCUCCUUGCUGCCGUCUUUAAUGACUCCUUGUACUUGGUCCUCUCGGGCUUCGUGAUGAGCUCCAUUUUCUCGAAGUGUCAGCUCGAGCUUCGUGCCGCAGCUCUUCUGCAGAGUUGGUUGGGCCGGAGGCCAAAGUGCUUCAUGCUGGCCAUAAUGAUCCUGGGCGUGUUCCUCUCCGCGCUGCUCUCGAAUGUUACAGCCCCUCUGCUCAUGGUGGAAGUGCUCAAGCCACUCAUACGAGACUUGCCCACUGACAGCCGCUACUCACGGGCGCUGCUGUUGGGUCUCGCAUUCUCAUGCAAUGUGGGUGGCAUGAUGACGCCCAUUUCAUCGCCACAAAACGUAGCAUCGCUGGAGGCCUUGCGCCAGCAUGGCAAAAACAUCACCUGGGGGGAGUGGUUAUGCCUGAGCGCGCCGUUCUGCUUCUUGGCCGUCGUCAUGGCUUGGCUCAUACUGUUGCUGGUGUACCAGUUCGAUGUUUCUGCGGAUGAGGCAGCCCGCAGUGCCCGCAAAGGCGACUCAUCGUCCCGUGGAAUCCCACCGGUGGUCUUCGAUCGGGAGGACAUGUCCUAUGAGAAGCUGCUGCUUUUCGUCGGGGCAAUCGUUACACUUGUCGCAUUCGUGCGAUCCUCAAGUUGGGUGUGGUGCGGCGCCCUUCCAUCCCAGCUCCCUGACAGUGCCGAGGCAGCUGCCACCUUCGGGGGCACCUCUUCCAUUGCGUUGCUCUUCGUAGCAGGCAAUCUGCGUGGGCACUGGCGGCAGACGUUUAACUCCUACAGCUGGCACCUCCUCUUCCUCAUCGGGGGUGGCAGUGCUUUAGGCCUGGCCGUUCGUCAGAGUGGCUUGCUGAAGCUGGUCACGGAGGUGGUGAGGAGUGGCCUGUCGUCCUCUCCAUGGCAGCUCGUGGCGGAGCUGAUGCUUGUGCUCGUGGGCGCAACGACAUUCGUGUCCCACACCGUAGCUGCUCUCGUCUUGAUGCCCUUAGUGGUUGAGUUGGGCGAGGAUGCUGGGGUUGAACGCCUGGCGGUGUUGCUGGGAGCCUUUGCUUGCUCAGCAGCCUGCGCUCUGCCCAUGACUAGCUUCCCCAAUGUGAACUCUCUCAUAGCGGUCGAUGACCGUGGAAAGCCCUGGCUGUCCGUGAAGCAUUUCCUUAUGGCGGGGAUCCCAACUACCCUCGCGCUGACUCUCCUUCUGAUCAGUGCUGGUUACAAGCUGGGAGUGUGGGUGCUGAGCUGA